AUGCGUGAAUACAAAAUAGUCAUACUCGGUAGUGGUGGUGUUGGUAAAUCAGCAUUGACUGUACAAUUUGUUCAAGGAUUAUUUGUUGAAAGAUAUGAUCCAACGAUUGAAGAUAGUUAUCGAAAACAGGUAGAAGUCGAUGGACAACAAUGUAUGCUUGAAAUUUUGGAUACUGCUGGAACAGAACAAUUUACUGCUAUGCGAGAUUUGUAUAUGAAAAAUGGUCAAGGAUUUGUACUUGUAUAUUCAAUAACUUCUCAAUCGACAUAUAAUGAUCUUAUUGAUUUACGUGAUAUAAUUCUUCAAGUAAAAGAUACAAUUGAUGUACCAAUGGUAUUAGUAGGAAAUAAAUGUGAUCUUGAAGAUGAACGUGUAAUUGAAAAAGAAGUUGGUCAAACAUUAGCACGUCAUUGUAAUGCAACAUUUCUUGAAACAUCUGCUAAACAAAAAAUAAAUGUUAAUGAGAUAUUUUUUGAUCUUGUCCGUCAAAUAAAUAAACGAACAACAGUAAAUAAAGCUUUAAGUAGAAAAAAUGAUGUUGAUAAUUUACCAACAAAUUCAUCGAAUCGACCAACUGUUUCAAAUAAACAAGGUUGUUGCACAAUUUUAUAA